AUAACUAAGUUUUAUUGAAGGAUGUAUUUACAGUCCUAAUGUUUCCUUGGUAACUAAAAUAAUAUAUUAGUGUGAACCAGAGAUCCUUAUAUCCAUGCAUUAUAUAUAGCUCUUUUGAUAUUAUAUAUACUAUUGCUGGUUUUUAUGUUUAGGGUUGUGCAGGGAUGGGCAGGGUAAAAAUUCCAAUGAAAAGAAUAGAGAACCCAAAUUCCAGGCAGGUAUGCUUUUCCAAGAGGAGAAUGGGUGUGUUUAAAAAGGCCAGUGAAGUAUCUGUAUUGUGUGGGGCACAGAUUGCAAUCAUAGUCUUUUCUCCAGCAGGGAAGGCCUUCACAUUUGGGAAUCCUGACACUGAUUUUGUGGUUGAUAAAUAUCAGAACAUUCCAGCUCAUGUAAAUGAUAAGAAACUUCAAAAAUCUUGGAGAUUAGAACAAGAAUAUAACUUCCUACUGAGGGAGCUAGAUGCAGAAAAGAAACGCAAUGAGAAUCUCAAAAGGCUAGAAACAAAUAACAAGGCAGAUUCAUGGUGCAGAAGAGAUAUUGAAUGUUUACAACUGCACCAAGUGAGAGAGUUUAGUGACUCACUAAACAGAUUCAAGGAAAGGAUCAUUCAGGUUUUACAAGAGAAGCAGCCAAUGAAACUUAGUAACAAGGUCCUAGAUGAAAUAGAGGCUGAACAAAUGGUUCAAAGACAAUCCUAUCAACCAGCUAUUUGGGGUGAGCAACUAGAUUUUAGUACUCAGUCUAUAAUGGGCUCUUGUUCCAAUAAUGAAGGCAUGCCCUCUCAUUUGCUUAUUCCACAUGAGGGUUGUCUUGAGAUGUCUGAGUUGCAAAGGGUAGUCAUGCCUGCAGACAACCAACACUUACAGUCUGAUCACAAUGAAGGAGAUUUCUAGAUUCUGCAACACUUACAGUCUGAUGACAAUGAAGGAGAUUUCUAGAUUUUUAUGUACUCAAA